AUGACGCGAAGCUUUUGGAAGAGCCAGCAUCCUCUCACCACCAAAUCUGCUUUGCUCUGUCUCUUGCAAAUCCUCGCAAGUCCGGCUCGAAGUACAGCGCAUGAUGAACCAACAGCAACCACGACAGUGAUCCUUCCAGCCACUAAAAUCUAUUAUCCACCAUCCACUCCUACGUCCGUCUCGAUCACGAGCCCCGACCGUUGGGUGGUCCCGUUGGUCGGUCUGUCCGAAGAUGUUACAACACCUUGGGGUGCCAAUGUUACGAGUGGAAAUGGCACUGUGAAUGCCUAUACCAUAUCUAUUGGCCAAGGUGACAGCGACAAAGAGGGUGAGAAGAAUGGUACACAACCACUGAACCGAACACAGUACCCUUUGACGGCCGCACAGUUCAUAGGGGACCUCAACGGCAACCAUGUCAAUCUCUCUGUAUUCCGGAACGACCAUCACAUACUCAACCUGGGGAACGACUCUCAUAUGACAGUCACAACCAGCGGUAUCGAUGAGAAUACUCCCAUCAGGACAGUCCCUUUUGGCUUAAACCUAGGCCAUAGAGGCGAAUGGAAUGGUUCACUUGCACUAGGCGGGCUCUACGACGCCAAUCGUCUCACCGACGACGCGACAUCCUGGAUCUCCAUCGCUGAGACCAUGAACAACAAUGGUACCUUUCUGCAGACCGGCAAGCAGACCCUCUCUGCCGUCAUUUUACGCGUCUGGAAGUAUAAUCCUAGCCCGAGUGGCACCAACACAAGCAUCAUUGCCAAAGUGAAACGGUCCGGCCCCUUCUCGAUCUCUGACGAGUCUGAACCCAGCAUCGUGUACCCUGCCCGGCUGGAUCUGACCAGCGACACGCUGAUCCUGCCACGAGACUGGUGCGGCCGCAACAUCACGCUGGAAAUCAACAUGUUCCCGAACAGAGUCGGAAGUGUCUCUAGUUCGAUUUUGAUUGGGGUCCCCGGGAACCUGACCGACAGCAGCAACCGGUGCAGCUUCGAGCAAAAUACCGGAGAGAUCGUCCUCGGUCGUCCUUUCUUUCAGGCGGCGUAUCUCUACGUUGAUGUAACCGGCGAGGUGAGGAUCCUUCCUGCCAAUCAGUAUGAUCUUCCACCCAAAGCGGUCCCAUUCAAUGCAACUGCGAGACCGAUCCACCCUGACCGCCGCACCUCAAGAUAUAGCCCCGGUGCUGCGGGUGGAACACUGGUCAAGAGUAGCUGGGGUGACCGAAACUUGCCUGUCGGGACGGGGGUCAAUCGUGCUGUUGCCGUUUUACUCGUACUUGCUGGUUUUGCGUUUUUGCUUUGA